GUGAUUUGAACAUUCAAAAAAGAAAUCAAGGAAGUACAAUCGGGCGAAUCGGUCGAGAUCGAUGAGAUGCCUCCCUACUGACCAUGGGACUUAGCUACUGGCAUGUGGUCAGCUGUUGGACGCUUGCCAUUGCCUAGCUUUCCUCAAACGCAGAUAGGAAGCAUCAGAUGUAGAUCCAGCUGGUGUUUGGCCCACGGAUCUUGUUCUUCUCGCCACAAAAUUAAUUAUAUUCAGCAGAGACCACGUGGGCACAUCAUCGUGAGGUGUUUCAGCCAGCGACUUUCUGUGAUGGACGUGGAACGCAGAGAUGCUGAAAUAAAAAAGUAUUGGGAUCGGCUACACCUGUCGCCGGAGGCUCUGAAACAAUUGGCAAAUGCCUUCCAAGAUGAGCUCGAAGCUGGCCUGGAGCAGAAGAGCUCCCUGUUGAUGAUACCCACCAUGGUGGACAUGCUUCCACAAGGGCAUGAGUGUGGCGAUUAUUAUGCAAUCGAUCUGGGAGGCACAAACCUGAGAGUGCUUUACACCCGUUUGGGGAAGGGUCCUAAGGAAGUGGAGGCAGAGGCGAUUAACUCAGCGCCCAUCCCACCAGAGAUGCAGAGUUGCCCUGUGGAAGAGCUCAUGGACUAUGUGGCAGGCCACCUCAUCGACUGGUCAGAGCAGCACCAUUGUAGCAUAAGGGAGAGAGAAGUGCCCAUCAUCGGCUUCUGCUUCAGCUUCCCGGUAGAGCAGACAGCCGUAGAUGCAGGGACGCUGCUGAGGUGGACCAAGGGCUACACCAAUCCUGGAGCUGUUGGCAAAGACCCUGCCAAACUGCUACAUGAGGCAUUCAAGCGCAGAGGGGUCAAUGUACACAUAGGAGCGCUGCUGAAUGACACAGUGGGCACACUGGCUGCGGCAAGAUAUGUCGAUGGGCAGGACACAAUUGCUGCUAUGAUUAUGGGCACAGGCACAAACGCAUGCUACAUGGAGCUUUUGGGGCGCAUCACAAAGUGGCUGCCGCACUACCGGCCUCGCACCUCAGACAUGGUUGUCAACAUUGAGUGGCCUGGAUUCCAGGCAGCGGAGUUGCCGAUACUGGAAGAGGACCGGCACUUGGAUGAGGAGUCCAACAACCCAGGCCAGCAGCGCUUUGAGAAGCUGACUGCCGGCCUCUACAUGGGGGACAUUGCGCGCCGCAUCAUCCUCAGGGCGGCAGAGGAGAGGGAGUUGUUUGAUGGGCGGGUGCCAGAGGGGCUGCGCACGAUGGAGACCUUCCCAACAAAGUUUGUUGGCAUCGCCGCACAGGAUGACACCCCAGACCUGAGCAGGACAGCCGGCGUCCUGCAUCGAGCUUUUGGCUUCGACCCGGACAGCAUCAGCCCCCAGGAUCGCAAGGAGGUGAAGGAGAUAUGCGCGAUGGUGACGGUGCGCAGCGCGCGGCUGGUGGCGGCGGCUGUGUGCGGCAUCAUGCGCCACCUGGGCCGGGACGUGGGGGACCCCGCGGGGGGGGCGCCCCCCCGCACCUGCAUUGCGGUGGACGGGGGGAUCUUCGUGCGCUACGGCUUCUACCGCGAGCUCCUGAAGCAGGGCGUGCGCGACAUCCUUGGGGACGCUGUUGCAGACCAGUUUGAGCUGCGGGUGGUGGCGGGCGGGUCGGCGUUUGGGGCGGCCUGUGUGGCAGCGGCGUCGCACAGCUACAUGCGCGGCGUGGGGCAGGACGAAGGGCGGCCGUCACCGCCUCCGCGCAGAUUUCCGCCUCGCCGCCCCUCGGCCGUCUCGCUGCAGGACUUGGCCGGGCAGUAGUGCUAGCUAAAGUUUUUAAAGCCCACGCCUGAAGCAGACUACCUGGUGGCUGGGUGAUGUGGUCAACAAAUCUGUUCAAUUGUAAGGGUUGUGAUAUGUUUGGCCUGAUUUUUUGACAGUGUCUGAGCGUUCCAGUCAAUUUUUUCUGAUUAGCGCUUGCUCAUUUGAGGCUGGGUAGAAAGACUGCAAUUGCACUUUGGGGUCCUUACAAUUGCAGUUUCUAUAUAUAAGACAAUAAGGAUAUUGGUUUCAACAAGAAUCAAUGUAAGACUGGCUGUUGUGAUU